AUGGGUUACAUAGCCAACUCCUCAUAUCUACACAAUCGCUGGGCACAGUUUGAUCUGUUCAUGGUAGCCUCACAUUGGAUGUCAUGGAUAUUGCAUUUUUAUCAAUUACUAUUAAUUCAGUUUCCUAUGACUUCUUUCCCAUAUGAGGACUGGUUUGGUGUAAUCAGAUCAGUUCGACCCUUCAUAAUCAUUCGAUUGAUCCGGCUCGCCAUCAAAUUUAAACUGCCAAAAGCUAGGAUUGAGCAGCUGCUGAAGUGCGGUUAUGGUCCCAAGAAGAUGCUUCAGAGUUUGAAAUUUCUGUUUAGGAGAUCAAGCCAGCAAGUGCAGAAUGUCACUGUAUUUUUCGUAUUUUUCAUGGCAUUAUACGCCAUUGUAGGGAUUCAAUUGUUUGGUAGAAUGGAUUAUCACUGUGUUGUACCCAGCACAGACCCUAAUAAUGUUACCAUAGCCGAUUUGGCGAUACCGGACACGAUGUGUUCCCAAAAGGGAGGUGGAGGAUACGAGUGCCCUGGGGAAAUGGUCUGCAUGCGGCUCAACCUAAACGCAAAAUCUGAAGGAUUCUAUGGAAUGUUCAAUGAUUUCGGUAAAGCAUUCAUUUUUACCCAGUUCUUGCGAGCCAGCGUUUUUACAGUAUACCUAGCAGCAUCUGAGGAAGGAUGGGUUUAUGUACUUUACGAUUGUAUGGAUUCUCUACCAUCACAUUUGGCUUUUAUCUACUUUCUAACACUAAUCUUUUUCCUGGCAUGGCUGGUUAAGAACGUCUUCAUUGCCGUGAUAACGGAGACUUUUGCCGAGAUUCGCGUGCAGUUCAGCGAAAUGUGGCAGAAGAAAGAUGUGACUCUUGACGAGGAGUUCCGCCAGGUGACAUCAGUCUCAUCGUCUCGCAAGCUCGAAAAAAACGAAGACGGAUGGCGUCUAAUACGUCUCGAUGCCGAUGUGAGCGUCGAGGGCACGAAGCUGAAGCUGCAGAAG